GUUAUUUACAGAUGGCGCUUGAAGAAAUGUCUUGAAAUAAAAACGAAAAACUUGUUUAAUUCAGUUUAUUUCGAUUUCGUUUAGACAUUAAGAGUUAUGUUGUUAUUAGUUUUAGUGAGUUUAAUUUCCACUGGACUUUGUAUGCCAGGAGGAUGGUCGGAAGUAAAAGAUGACGCUUUAAAAGCUGAAUUUUUGGGUAUUCUUACACAAGAGGAAGGAAAUCUGGUUACUUUGGGAUUGGAUUAUAAUGUCACAAAGAUUGAAUCACAGGUUGUUGCUGGUAGAAACAUCAGAUACACCAUUCAAAUGAAAGAUGCAACAUGCACCAUGACAAUAUUUGACCAGCCAUGGACUCAAACCAGACAAGUCAUGGCCAACACAUGUACACAUAUGCACAACCGUCGGGCUGGAGGAUACUCAGUUGUGACAGAUGAGUCUCUGAAACAGGAGUACUUAGCCUUAUUAAGUUCUGUACAGUCUUCAAACCUCCUUAGUUUGGACGCCUACCAGGUUGUUAAAAUAGAAUCUCAGGUUGUUGCUGGUGUCAAUGUAAAAUAUACUCUCCACACAGCAACUGGUACAUGUUCCGUGACAAUCUUUAGCCAAGUUUGGACUCAUACACAAAAAGUUACAGACAACACAUGUGCCCCAAAAGCUGUACGUCAGCUUGGAGGGGGAUUCAUGGCUGGUGGUUACUCAGUUGUAACAGAUGAGGCUCUAAAACAGGAGUACUUAGCCUUAUUAAGUUCUGUACAGUCUUCAAACCUCCUUAGUUUGGACGCCUACCAGGUUGUUAAAAUGGAAUCUCAGGUUGUUGCUGGUGUCAAUGUAAAAUACACUCUCCACACAGCAACUGGUACAUGUUCCGUGACAAUCUUCAGCCAAGUUUGGACUCAUACACAAAAAGUUACAGACAACACUUGUGCCCCAAAAGCUGUGCGUCAGCUUGGAGGGGGGUUCAUGGCCGGUGGUUACUCGGUGGUAACAGAUCCAAAGCUUUUAGAGGACUAUAAACUAAAGCUUACCAGCUUAGUUGGAACUAACCAACAAUAUACUAUCCAGAAAAUUGAAAGUCAGGUUGUUGCUGGACUUAACAUCAAGUACACAAUUACUAGUUCACAGGGCACAUGUGAAAUUAUCGUCUUCAGCCAAGUAUGGACCCAAACAUUGCAAAUCAACAAAAAUACCUGCACAGCAUCUAAUAAACGUCAGUUGUUAGGUGGCUACAACGAUGUUGAUGUCAAUGACCCAAUGGUACAAAAGUGUCUGGGUAUGUCCCUGGAUAAAGUGAACCAGAUGUCAAACAGCAUGUUCAGACUGGUUCAGACAAAUAUUGUCUCCGCCAAACAGCAGGUUGUUGCUGGAAUGAACUACGCUGUGACCUUCCAAACAGGUCCAUCAACCUGUAUGAAUUCUGCAGAGAAGAUGGGUAUGAUGGCUGGAGAUUGCCCAGUAAAUGCCAACAGCAUGAUGACACAAAAUACCUGGACUGCUCACUGUUACAGGAGCCUUGCUGGUGAUCUCUCCUUCUCAAGUGUAGAUAUGGAACUAGCUACAGAUAAUCAAUUAGACAAUGAUUUGAACCUAGAUCUAAAACCUGUUAGUAUUGCAAAGAGCAAGAUAACAACAGCCACUGGAGGUAUGCUAGGCAGUGCCAAGAACACAAUAAUGAAAGGCAAGCUUCUGCAGAAAGGUGAUAAUCUACCUGUUGUCAAUCUCUUGAGAAAGAAGCGGAACGUAAAUUUCCUAAUUGAAAAGCUUGACAAAAUAAAAUCAUACGGAAAUUCUGAAGAAUUAGAUAACAUUUUAGAGCAGGGAAAAGCCUUGCUUGGAGGAGGUGACAAUCAUGAUUUGGUGAACCAUGUUAAGGACAUGUUAGGUCAAGAUGGACAUGAUAUGAUAAAGCAUGCUGGUGAAAUCCUCGGAGGGGAUGGUCAUGAUUUGAUUGCCCAUGGAAAGAAAUUGCUUGGUGGAGAUGGCCAUGAUUUGAUUGCCCACGGAGAGAAAUUGAUAGGUGGAGAUGACCAUGAUUUAGUACCCCAUGGAAAGAAGUUGAUUGGUGGAGAUGACCAUGAUUUAGUACCCCAUGGAAAGAAGUUGAUUGGUGGAGAUGACCAUGAUUUAGUACCCCAUGGAAAGAAAUUGAUUGGUGGAGAUGACCAUGAUUUAAUACCACAUGGAAAGAAACUGAUUGGUGGAGAUGACCAUGAUUUAGUACCCCAUGGAAAGAAACUGAUUGGUGGAGAUGACCAUGAUUUAGUACCCCAUGGAAAUAAUUUGAUUGGUGGAGAUGACCACGAUUUAGUACCUCAUGGAAAGAAGUUGAUUGGUGGAGAUGGUCAUGACCAGAUAAAACAUGGACAAAAGAUUCUUGGAGGGGAUGACCAUGAUUUGAAAUUUCAUGGAAGCAAGAACAAGAAGCUUUUAGGAGGAGAUGACCAUGAUUACUGUCAUAUAGGCAUGUUUAAGGAGUUCAAGGCUAAAUUCAACAAGCUAUAUGGAAGUCAAAAAGAGGAAGAGAAACGUUUUGAACAAUUCUGUAUCAACAUGAGAAUGGCUAGGAAGAUUCAACAGACAGAGAAAGGCACAGCUAUCUAUGGAGCUACUAAAUUUGCUGAUCUUACAAAGGAUGAGUUUCAGCAGUAUGUAGGAAAGAGGUGGGACAUCACCGCCAGUGAGGGAAUGAAGAAAGCUGCCAUACCCAAAGGUCAAGCCCCAGAUUCCUUUGAUUGGAGAGAACAUAAUGCUGUCACACCUGUCAAAAACCAGGGAAGUUGUGGAAGUUGUUGGGCUUUCUCCACCACUGGUAAUAUUGAGGGGCAGUGGGCCAUCAAAAAGAAGAAUCUGAUAUCUCUAUCAGAGCAAGAGCUUGUAGACUGUGACAAGGUUGAUGAAGGCUGUAAUGGUGGCUUGCCAUCUCAGGCAUACAAGGAAAUAGAGAGACUUG